UAUAAUAAUAAUGGGUAUUCUAAACCCUUGUUGUGUUUUAAAAUAUUUAUUAGUUGCUAUUGCAACAUUUCCUUCGUUUAUAAAUGCGCAAAUGGAUUGUUCAGCAGCGCCGACUUCUGCCCUUAGAAUUGUUUGUGAACAAUUGCAUCGGUGGGAUAAGAAUGCUAGGGAAGCCCCAGCAGUUACCACUUCAAUCCCUCUCCCUCCUGCCAUUCCUGGACUUCCUGCACCCCUGCUUGCAGCCGAACUUGCACCAGUUGCUUCAACACCCUAUCAGUGUAUGGAUAUUGGUUGUCUUUGUAAUUAUUUAGGAGGAAAUGGCCAGACUGGAACAAAUACAUGUUCAUUAGCGACUGUAAGAAAAUCAGUUCGUAAAGAAUAUAGAAUGUUGAGUGAUGAUGAGAGAGCUCGUUUUCAUGCAGCUCUAAAAGCAAUUAAAGCAAGUGGAGAAUAUGAUAGAAUAGCCACAAUUCAUUCACAAUUUGCUACAGCCGGGAGUGCUCACAGCGGUCCAGGAUUUUUACCUUGGCAUAGAGAAUUUGUCAAAAGAUUUGAAAUAGCUCUCAAACAAGUUGACCCUCGAGUAUCACUUCCAUAUUGGGAUUCGACGUUGGAUGGUAUUUUGCCGGCUCCUAAAGAUUCUGUGAUGUUUUCUAAUGACUUUAUGGGAACGACUGAUGCUGCCGGAAAUUUAAUUGGAGGAGAUUUUGGUGGAUGGCGGACACUUACUGGACGUGCAAAUGUUCUUAGACGUGUUGGUGCUGAUGGAAAUUGUUUUCGUGAAAGAGAUAUUCAAUGGCUUUUACAACAGACUAGUAUUGAAAUGGUUUUAAGCUUCUCAGCUCCACAGGCUGGAUGCACAGCAUCUACUAGUUUCGACGCUUUAGAGUAUACACACGGCAACGUUCACAUUUUUAUUGGAGGUGAUAUGAAUGAUCAGUCAACCUCUGCCAACGAUCCAAUAUUUUGGGUUCAUCACGGUUUUGUGGAUAUGAUUUGGGAAUUAUGGAGGUUAAGUAGACAACAGAAAGGUGAACGUGAAACAAGUUACCCUAUGGACCAGGCGCAAUGUGCAGCUCCUCAACACUUCGCUUCUGCUAGAAUGCGACCUUUUGAACCAUGGAACAACAUUGACGGUCUAAGCAAUAAAUACACGGAUAACAUGUAUGAAUAUGCUCCACGUCCUACAUGUGCAAUGGGACCUAACUGUGGAUCUAAAUGGCUCUUCUGCGAUAAAUCUCGUCAACCAGGGCGGUGUGGUGCAAAAAUAAAAAUUGGAGGAAAUUGUCAAGGAUAUGUUGGAGGGGAAGAUGUCUGUGCACAUGGAGAAUGCCAAGGAGGAAUAUGCGUGCAAACUACUCAAACAACAACAACACAAAAGCCCAUUACCGCCCCAACUCAAGCACCUCUUAAGCCAGUCCAUAUUGCUUGUUAUAACGAACACGAAUGUUGUUCUGUUUGGGCGGGUAAAGGAGAAUGCCAAAGAAAUCCAACUUAUAUGAAUGCAUGGUGUAAAGCUAGUUGCAGACAAUGCCAACCUGAUUAUAAUAUUGGAUUGGAAUGCGGUGAUCGACACAAAAAUUGCCGACAAUGGUCUGGAAUAGGAGAGUGUCAACGCAACCAAUUUUGGAUGACAGAGAAUUGUCGACAAGCCUGUGGAAAAUGCCAAGUUUCGAGGGCUCAAGUUUGUAGUGGGGGACAGGGAAGCAAAACAAAUCAAAACAGAGUAACACAAGCUCCACCCCAACAAGCAAAAUGUCAAUCCCCUGGCUGUUUUAACGAAAAUAUUUGUUGUCAAUUGUGGGGAGCAAUGGGAGAAUGUCGCAAAAACCAAGCUUGGAUGACUUGUAAUUGUCGAGUAGCUUGUGGAAUGUGUUAUUCCGAAGAUUAUGAUUAUGGAACUUGUAGCGAUUACCACAAUCAAUGCGGACAAUGGGCAUCGCAAGGAGAAUGUAAUAAAAAUGGGUGGAUGUUGGAAAAUUGCAAAAGUAGUUGUAAUACUUGUGUUUCUUUCUUUCAACUUAGACAACUUUGUCGCGGUGCGCGUUCUGGACGCAAGAAGCGGGGGAAUGAAGUCUCUUCUCUAGGUUUUCCUCCUUCUAUUGAGGUGGACAAUGUUAGCUUUUCGAGGAUUGUGGUAAUUUUAACUUUAUUAUUCUGAUGAGAAUGGUGUUAAGUUUAGCUUAGUCUGAAGGGAACACAGGAGCUAGUCUUAAAGGCACAUAGGGGGUAGCCUGAAGACACAGGGUGUAAUCUGAAGGGCACUUAGGGGGUAAUCUGGAGGGAACAUGGGGGAUAGUGUGUAUGGAACAGGUGAUGGAACAUGAGGGGUAGUCUGAACGGAAGAUAGCUAGUCUCAAGGGAACAUAAAGGAUAGUCUAAAGAGCACAUAGGAGAUAAUCUGAAGGGAAUAUGGGAGGUAAUAUGUGAAACGAUUAUCAGCCCAAAGUUAAACUUAUA